AAAGAUGAUCCGCGACUACUUCACAUUCUCAAUUGUGUGGCCGAUUUCUACCACAAUCGCCACGAUAAAAACUCAAGAUGCAUAGAUCGUCUCUCAUCGAUGAAAAUAAUCUGUAUAGAUCGGACACUUGUUUGUCCCCCUCGCCUCAUUCUUCAAACAUUCUCAAUUCCCGAUUCUGUCUCUGUUCUAUUGAGACUCGAAGAACCGCAGAUAAAUACAAGAAAAGACGAUGGGCCGCGCAUUAUCAGCGAAAUAGCCGCCGCCGAUUUAUAUGUUUUAUAUUGCUGCCUCAUGCCAAGUACACAAGUGCGCGAUGUCCGCACGCGCGCAUGCGCGCGCGCGCGCGCGCGAGAGAGAGAGAGAGAGAGAGAGAGAGAUGCGAUUGCAAGAUGGGAGACACGUGUAACACGAAGAAAACACGCUCAUCUCGCGAAUAAGCGAAUAAGAUUGUGCUCGGGAAACGGGCGCGAAACGGGGCUCAGUGAAGAAGAAACAUACCAUAUCGCUUGCACCGGAGCGUCAUUCGCCGAUUUGCGACCGGAGGUCGCGUCGAAACGUCGACGGCGCCGCUGUCCGUUUAAACAUAGAGUUGCUCGAUGGAUUGAAAGAGUCAGAUCAGGGCAGGGCAUUGGAACCAACAAAAAGAUAAUACUCGCAGAGCCUGCCUUAUCAGAAGAUCUCAAGCACAUACCUUAUCACUACGUCAAGUCGUCCUUAGAGGAAUCGAUAGCUCGAGCGUCAGAAUUUUACCGAAUAGCUGCUGCAAGGCGAACCUUAAGGUUCUUCAGCGCGGAUCCAGUUCCGAAGGAAAUCAUUCGUGAGAUUAUAAAGGCCGCAGGUACCUCACCGAGUGGUGCGCACACAGAACCGUGGACCUUCGUCGUGGUAUCGAACCCAUCCGUAAAGUCGCAAAUUAGGAGCAUUGUGGAGCAAGAGGAGGAAAUCAACUACAAAAAGAGAAUGGGUAUAAAGUGGACGACCGACUUGUCGCCGUUGAGGACCAACUGGAUAAAGGAAUAUCUCACUGUCGCACCGUACUUGAUACUCGUGUUCAAACAAACCUACAGUAUUUUGCCGAAUGGACAGCGAAAGAUACAUUAUUAUCACGAAAUGAGCGUAUCCAUUGCCUGUGGAAUUCUUAUCACUGCUAUACAGUACGCCGGUUUGGUGACGCUUACAUCCACGCCGUUAAAUUGCGGGCCGGCUGUACGCAAUCUUCUUGGACGUCCAUCCUACGAAAAGCUCGUCUUACUACUGCCAGUCGGUUAUCCAGCCAAAGACGCCACUGUUCCCGACUUGCAGCGGAAACCUUUGUCGGAAAUUUUGGUCGAAGUUGACUGACACACAUCUGUGCAGUGUUGCACAGCGUCAGCGCAGACAGACACUGGGAGCGACACUAGAGAAUAUCACGAGAGAAAAUCUCGAUAAUUCGUAUCGUUUACUCGAAGGAGUCGACAGUGGGAAUAUCUGAAAUGAAUUAGACAAGCGUACACUCGAAUGUUGUUCCUUUUUUCUUUUUCUGUUCUUAUUUUUAUGAAAAAUGUUAUAUUUUUCAGAUACUAACUUUUUUCCUUAUAUUUUAAAUUACAUUUUGUGGAUAGCGAUUAUUCACUAGAACUGUAGAGUGUAGUGUGUUCCUUGGCUUAAAAUAUCAUCACUAUCAAUAUUACAAACAAAUCGUAAUGUCGCGAAAAGAAGAGCUGAUCCCUGAAAAGUAGCACCUGUUCGAAACGCCGUGUAUCGUCUGUUGUGUAUAUACACGAGCAUUAUAUUGUGUAUACUUUGUCUCUCUCUCUCUCUCUCUCUCUCUCUCUCU